AUGGAAGCUUCGCUGCCACUAGCCAAUUAUUCCUGUAACAGCUUUUAUGACACCACAUUUGAAAUCAACAAAGUCAAAAGGAUCGAUAGGCUUCGCUUUCACCGUCUGUAUUCUCGCCCUAAACGAUACCUGGGACAUCCUGAGCUGGACAUCAAGAAGAUGCACGUUAAGAUCACCUUCAUAUACCUGAAACGUUUCCAGGAAAUUACACAGGCGGUGGUCAUAGGCCAGAAUAUCGUCUAA